AUGAAUAUCAAAAAUAUCAAGAUCCAUGGGUCGCCACGUGAGCUACCAGCGCUCCAAGCGUACCGUCAACCCCAACACCAGGUACUUGCGAUCCGCACCGAUAUCGAUAUAGAGGAACAAGGGAAUCUGACACAUGGGUUAUCUAGUCUGAUCAAGAUCGACGGUGUUGAGAGCACUGAGGCCGCAAACUUCUACCUGGGCAAGAAGGUUGCUUUCGUCUACCGGGCCAAGCGUGAGGUCCGGGGCUCCAACAUCCGGGUCAUCUGGGGCAAGGUUACCCGUCCCCACGGUAACUCCGGUGUUGUCCGUGCUCAGUUCCGCCACAACCUCCCCCCCAAGACCUUCGGUGCUACCGUCCGUGUUAUGCUGUACCCCUCCAACAUCUAAAUGACGCCCCUUUUGUUACGUUAGUUGGCAACUCCGGAUUCUACGCGCAGACGGUCGGGCAAGGAGUCGACGGAAUGAGCCGAAUGUUGAGAUGGAGUUGGCGGGUUGAUAAUGUUCGUGGGAGAGGCAGGGCCGGUCAGCCCUACGAAUUAAAAUAAAAGAACUCUUAUCUUCUUUUUUUCAGCAUGGUUAUUGUCAGCCCUUUUUUCCCCCUUAAAGGCAACGGACGAGCUUGAUAUCCCUGGUUUUUUUAUACUUUAUAUUCAAACCGGCCAAGCAUGCUGUGCCUUUUGGGCCGACAACAUGGCUCCCCGUGUAUCUGAUGCUCAUAAACCACAAUCCAUACCAUUUCAACAUAUCGGUACAAUUGCUUUUCUCUGGGGAAUAGUGUGAG